CACAACAACAUACAAAUAAUGCCCGGAUAUCUAACAUAAGUGUUAUCUGGAACCAAGAAAAAGAUAGUGUAAAAACAUAAUUCGUGAAAAUGAAAAUGUGCAGUCUGCACUACUUAUUGAUUAAUGUCCUGUGAUAUUUACUUGUAAAGACGAUCAAUAUAUUGUAUGCAGAAUGAAAGCUAGGCACACAGCUUGGCGCAGUACGGAGUGCAUCAUAUAAUUGCAAUCACCAGAAGCAAUGGGCUAUGCAACACGUGACGCCGUUGAGCUAGCGGAACAAUGCACGCUGCUCGACGAUCAGGCUGACGACGAAUCGCAUUUAAGUCAGGUAGUAUGUCGUGAUGCAAGAAAACUGCAUCAUCGACGUCAACGUUUGCGAUUAUCAUCGCCAAGGUUUUUACGCAGAAUUUGCCAUUUCGUGCUGUUGAUAUUCGUAUAUCUGUUCUUUCGGUACAUAAUCCUGCCUAACAUUUCAAUAUAUGAGCAAAAAAGACAUGUUCCGCUGGCAGAUUGGUCGGCGAAUACGUCACUGGACAUCAAGGACUACAUACAGCCACAGCAGGAGACGGCUCUCAUAAUACCCCGUGACUUUUGUCGUAAUAAAACGUUUCUGAUUAUUGCCGUCUGCACCGGCCUAAACAAUUUCGUGGAACGACAAACAAUACGAGAAACCUGGGGAAAUACAACAGAAUUCAAUUACCCGGCAUUUGCGAAGCUGCACGCACACCUGAAGGGCCCGUAUCAGCCGCCGAUGGAAAAACGUUUGCAGUUCUAUGCGGACUAUCUAAAAGGCGAAGGCGAAAACAUAACGGCCAGUGUACGCAUUAUAUUCAUAGUCGGUCGCCAUAGCUAUGAAUCACACUUGAGCAAUGAAACCCUGGUGAGAUUACACAGCGAAGCGGAACUCUACAAUGAUAUUAUUCAAGAAGACUUCAUUGAUACGUACAAUAACCUUACAUUGAAAUCUGUGAUGGCCCUGAAGCAUAUUACCAAAAGUUGUUUGAAGACUUGCGCUUACUUUCUUAAAUGCGAUGAUGAUACGUUCGUUAACGUACCCAAUAUUUUGCAUUUUCUACUCGGCGGCACGGUGCCGCUCUAUAACGACACGCUCGACUAUCAUGAUCGUGGCUCAAUGGUGGUGAUGGCUCAGCGCAAUAGGUUGAAUUCCACAAGCAACGUGAUGAUAGGACAUCAGUUUUGUAAUGUGGUGCCCGUCAGCGACGUCAGCAGCAAGUGGUAUAUCCCAUACUAUAUGUAUCAGGGCGAAGUAUAUCCCAAGUAUCUGUCUGGUGCCGGUUAUCUAAUGUCCAUAGAUGUGGUCGAACGUUUAUUUGAGGCCUCUCUAAAUACAUCAUUAAUUUACCUUGAAGAUAUUUAUAUUACUGGACUCUGCGCCAAUCGCGCGAAUAUCAAGCGAAAACAUCAUCCUCUGUUUAGCUUCACGAGCUCCCCACAUUUGUGCGCUUUCAAGGGCAGCAUCACCCAGCAUCAGAUCAAAGAAGCGAGCAUGGUCGAAGCAUAUCGGUUUGUAACUAAUUAUACCAAAAUAUGUCCACCACCGGGACGUUACUUAAAUCAUAUGCGAUUAAGGAAUCGAAAUAAUUGUUAGAUAA